AUGGGAGCCCGAAGUGCGGCACGCGCGCCUAUCCCGCUCGUUCCCUCCUUCCUCUACAGCUGUGGGCGUGGCCGGCAGGGAUCCGAGCGGAUGCUUUUGCCGCGAAUGUCACCUGAGCUGUCGGAGAGCUGCCAUUGGCUUAGAGGCGAGAGAAGGCUGAAGCCGCGGAAGCCACCUUUAGUUUGGGAGCAAGAUGGCGGCGAGGAAACUGAGCGGGAAGUAAGUGUUGCUUUAAACGUGCGUUUAAACGGCUUAACUCGCACCCCAGAGUUCCACCCUUAUUCCUGCAUGUUGUUAACCGGUUGCGUGGCAAUCCUGUGCUUUUCCACCUAGAAGUAAGCCUCGUUUGGUUUAAUGGUUGCUUUUUUCUUAGUAAGGGAGGCUAAAAUUUGCCUCUGUGUGUCUCCUCGGAAGUAAGCCCCGUUGAGUGCACUAGGACCUACUCCCAGGCAAGGAAGUGUAGGAUUUCAGCCUGUGAAAGCCCCACUAAAUUCACUCUCCCCAUUGCAUCGCAGCGGGUUGGACUGGAUGCUUCUUAGAGAUCCCUUCCAACUCUGCAAUCUAUAUUUCAGUAGCGUAGUCAGAAAGUCCAACGGCUUAUUUCGUUUUAUUGGUCUGCUGCAGCUUGGUUUCAGAUACUUUAGCAACUAUCAUUGCUUUAGAAUAAUAGUUUUCAUUACGCCUUUGGGACUGGUUGCAUUUUUAUUCCUACCUAAUUUAAAUCUGUGCGUUUUUCACUGCAAAAGAUUAUGAGGCACUGAUUUGGGGGGGGUGUGUGUUGCUGUUUAUGGCCUAAGCCACUGUGAGAAUAGGAUGCUGGACUAGAAGGGCUCCCUUUUAGCCUUAUCAGCUCCCGGGCUCUUCUUUUGUCUGUCCAUAUGAUUUAACCUUUCUGAGGGAAAUCCAGCAAGUUGUUGUUUUUUUUAAAUAACAAACCAACUCUCUUUGUUGCCUCAGUUACAGUAUCUCAUCGAUGCAUUUACAGUGUGAAGCACCCUGAGAGUCAGCCCUGUUUCGGAGCCAAGCUGAGGAACCCUGCAGACACUUCUUAAGUUAUUAAGGCCCAGAUUUAACUUGGAAUGUAGAAUGCUGCUUCAUUGUGAACCAGACCAUCUCCACGGUGUGGCAGUUGCUCUCCAGGAUUUUAAGCAGGGUUCUCUCCUGUCCAGAUCUGGAGAUGCUGGGGAUUGAACCUGAAAUCUCCUGCACACAAAGCAGAUGCCCUGCCACUGAGCCACAGCCCCGGGGUUGCCUGUAAGAUAUGCCAGAGGCAAUGAUGAGUGAAGUAUAGUCUGACCUGGUAUUGCCACAACUUCUGGUUUGGCUCUGACCAGGACAUGAUCACGUAAUCUUCUCUCUGAGCAGAUUUUGGCUGUCUGCAUGCAGGUGAUCGCUCCUUGGUGGUGGUUGGGAUCUUAUCAAUCUCUUAAGGUUAAGAUGUGAAAGAUGCUAAAACAAACACCGGCCUUUAUGAACAAAUAACUCAAAUCACUUACCAUGAAUUAAUGUAUUCAAGUAAACUGUGCUGGGCGUAAGGCAACAAAAUUGCAAUGAAAUAAUUAAACUAUUAUUAUUACUAUUAUUGAAUUUAUUUUAUUUAUUUAUUUAUUUAAUUUAUUCGUUUAACCCCAUCAGUAUUAACUUGGGGUUGUGAUAAGAGUUCUGUUAAAUUACUGCUGGAAACAGUAAACCAGGGCUGGGCAGAAGGUGGAUUGGAAUCCACCUUGGAUGCCCCUUUGAAUCAAGAUGGAGGACUGAACCUUUAAAAACUACUUUUAACCACUGAUUUCAAAGCUGCACUGAUUUAUUUUGGCUUCUAAGAAUUCCUGAGCAAUGUUGGAUAUGAGGUUGCUAACAAAUAAAUAAUACGUGUUCAGGAUUGCAACUUUCCAAAUGUGUAAACUGUUCAAAGUGGCUUUUGCAAAUGCAAAAAUCCCACUGCUCAAUGUGGCUUUUGUAAUGGAGGUUGCUGAUAUCAAAACAAAACACCUUAAUGUUGUCUGGGAGUUAAGCCCAAUUGAAUUUAGUGGGCCUUACUCCAGAGUAGCUAUACAAUCUGGAGAAUUAGCAUGUAGUGAUUGCAGUGUGGAACUGGGGGGGGGGGGGGCAGAAAGUUUUGAAUUAAAAUGGCCAAUGUCUUACGUGAUCUUGUGUUUUUCCCCCACAUCUAAGCAAAAAUAAAUAAAUUAUAAUGGCAGUCCUAAACAUGCAUCUUUACUUCAAACUAGACCUGCUGCCUAGUAAGUGCAUCUAGGGUUGCAUGUCUGCUAUAGCAUUUUUGCAGGUUGUGUGAAUAUUUCUCUUUUCCUGUGGUCAAAAGUAUUUAAAUGGAAAUAUUUGAUUUGCAGGGGUGGGACAUUUAGCAAAGCACACUGAAUGUGAAUUAAAUGUUAUAAGUUUUUAAAAAAUCAGAAGUUUCAUUGGAAAUUAUUUUUAUUGGAAUUCUUAGUAAAUAAGAAAUUCUAACUAUAUUUUAUUGGAAUUCCAAGAAAAUGUUUUAAGGAAUCUAAAUACUUUUAAGAACCUGCAGUUGUGAAUACAGUGUUUUCAAGCUCAAGGAAUCUGAAAAACCAGGAUCAUUUAUACAUUUUUGUAUAUAAAAAACCGAGUCUAUGACCUAGGAGAGACCAGGGUUGAAAUCCCUGCUCAGCCAUGAAGCUCACUGGUGACAGCUAAACUUUUAUUUGGGAAUUGUUGUAUCCAGCGUUUCCUGUAACCUGAUACCCUCCAAAUGAUUUGGACUACAACUCCCAUGAGCCGGAAGGGCAAGGCUGGGGUUGAGGAAGAGUCCAAAAUGAUGUGGUGGCUUGGGAUGAUGGGAAUUGUGGUGUAAAACAUUAUUUGUCUUAUAUGUUUUUUGGAUCGCAUUCGCUUGAACGUUUUAACAGGAACCUCUGUUUCCAUAUCUUGCAGGUAAUGGUCUUCUGUUCCUGUUGAUGCAUAGAAGAGGUGAUGAUGAUGUGGGAGGUUCAUACACCAAGCGCCAUGCUCCUGAAGAGGAGCCCUUGGAGGAGAAUCCCUCCUAUCAGAGUCCUGCUCUGACCCCUGCCCUCCCUCACCAGAUAUUAAGAACAUCUCCUGGAAUUGGACACAAAAGCGUCGUUUGCCAUAGUUUAUGGUGGGGCUGACCAACAAGGUGCUUCCAUGGUAUUGCUGGGUUACUUGCCACACUAGCUGGGGCCGAGGGGAGCUGCAGUCAACAGUUGGCCAUCCUAGGGCCCAUCUGCACUGUGCAUUUAAAGCAGUGUCAUAGCCCUUUAAACAGCCGUGCCUUCCUCCAAAGUACCCUGGGAGCGGUGGCUUACUAAGGCUGCAGAGAGUUGCUAGGAGUCCCUGGUUCCCCUUACAAAGCUCCAGUUUCCUUGGGAAGAGGCAUUGAUAAACCAGAAGUUGUAGCUACGUGAGGGGAAUCGGGAUCCCCUAAGACAGGCAUGGCCAAACUUAGCCCUCCAGCUGUUUUUGGCCUACAGUGGUGCCCCGCAAGACGAAUGCCUCGCAAGACGAGAAACUCGCUAGACGGAAGAGUUUUCCGUUUUUUGAGUCGUUCCGCAAGACAAAUUUCCCUAUGGGCUUGCUUUGCAAGACGAAACGUCUUACGAGUUCUUGUGAGUUUGUUUCCUUUUUCUUAAAGCCGCUAAGCCGCUAAUAGCCGCUAAGCCGCUAAUAGCCAUGCUUCGCAAGACGAAAAAACCGCAAGACGAAGAGACUCGCGGAACGGAUUAAUUUCGUCUUGCGAGGCACCACUGUACAACUCCCAUCAUCCCUAGCUAACAGGACCAGUGGUCAGGGAUGAUGGGAACUGUAGUCCCCAAACAGCUGGAGGGCCAAGUUUGGGGAUGCCUGCCCUAAGAAUACUCCACACCCUUGCUCCAGCAUCUAGAGGGACACAGGUUGUGUGUUCCUGUAGUGCUCACCAGAGCCUGGCCCUGACUACUGAGAGUUCUCUAGUUGGGGCUUCUCCAGCUCCUUGGCUAAAAGAACAGUUUCACCAUGCAGUGGUACCUUGG